UCGUGAUGUACACAAAUUGAUUGUCUCUUACUAGUAUUAAAAAUUAGUUUUAGUAGUAAAUACAGUGAUGUCGAACCAGAAAUCGCGCCUAUGCCACAUCCAGAAGUGGGAUAAUUUCGAUGGGUACGGUUUUAAUUUACACGCAGAAAAAGGCAAACCUGGCCAAUAUAUCGGCAAAGUGGACGAGGGUUCACCCGCAGAAGCAGCGGGCUUAAAACAAGGCGAUAGAAUCUUGGAAGUCAAUGGGGAAAGUAUCGCUAAUAAAACUCAUAAACAAGUUGUAGAAUUAAUAAAAACUCAAACAGGUGAGACCAAACUUUUAGUAGUAGAUCCUCAAGAAGAUGGUAUCAUACCUACAGAAGUUAAUAAUGAAAAACACGAGAAGAAGGAAGAAAAUGGCCAGUUGAACCUUAGCAUGACCGCUGCUGAACUACGGGCGAAGUUAGCGGCUAAGAAAAAAUUUGAUCCCAAAAAAGAAGCUAUGGAUUUCAAACAAAAAUUUGAUAUAGUGCAAAAACUGUAAAGUGAAAACUGUAAAGAUUAUUUCUUGCGGAUGGAUAAAGUGACCUUGCAUCGCAACAGGUGUUAUAUAAAUAAAUAAUGUGACAAGUGAAUAGGCUGCAAAUGUAACAGAUGAAUGAAUCUAUUUGUUUAAAACACAAGUAAAUAAUAUCCUGAGUAUUAUUUUUUAAAGUAAAUACACAAUAUAAACAAUCAUUUUGGUAAACAUUUAGGUAAGCUGUUUUUUACUUGUUUUACAAAUAUGUUUUUACAUUUGCCAAAAACAUUAAGAACACUUUCUAAAAUUGAAUAAUUUUUAAUCUCUUCUUAUUUAUAACAAAAAUUGCCAAAAAUAUUCUGCUGGUAAUCUGUGCUAUCACCUAUUAAUCUUUGUUUUUAAGUAUCUUUCUGUCGUUCAACAAUGAUUUUAGCACUCUUAGAAUUUGUAAUUACACUGAAAACAGGUUGUGAAUUUAGUGGUUUUGGCUAGUUAGCAUAAAUGCCAGAUGUUGUGUAAGAAAUUCUGAAAAUAAUUGCAAUAUCUUUAAUACCCAGUAAACACAAACCUCAACAUUUUUAUUUAUAGAUAAACACGUAAAAAAGCCAUUCACGUGAUCGGACAAUACAUGUAUAUUUAUAUAAUCAUCUUUUCAGACGAUUUUAUACACACUAAGAAAAAUAAUGCUUUUGUAUUAUGUAUUUUUAAAUCAAUUUCCUUCAUAUCCGUUUUUAUUUUUACUACCUACUCUGUUAGCAUGGGUUUUUAUUAAUUUUGGAAGAGCCG